AUGGCGGCGCGGUGCUGCGGCUGCAGCGUGCGGUGCUGCUGCUGGCUCCUGGUGCUGACGCUGGUGGCGCUGGCGGUCACGGCCACCGUGGUCUUCGUCCGCUACCGGAACGGCGGCCAGGUCUUCCCCCUCCCCGGCGUGCCGGACCCCAAGUACGCCGAGGCCCUCGCCGUCGCGCUCCAGUUCUUCCAGGUCCAGAAAUCCGGGAAGCUGGUGCGCAACGAGAUCCCGUGGCGAGGGGACUCGGCGCUGGACGACGGCGAGGAGGCCAAGCUGGACCUCUCCAAGGGGAUGUACGACGCCGGCGACCACAUGAAGUUCGGCUUCACGCUGGCGUUCACCGGCACCAUGCUGUCGUGGUCCGUCCUCGAGUACGGCGACGCCAUGCGCGCCGCCGGGCAGCGCGACGCCGCCAUGGACGCGCUGGGCUGGAUCAUGGAUUUCCUCGUCAAUGCGCACCCCUCCGACGAUGUCCUGUACAUCCAGGUCGGUGACCCCAAAGCAGACCACAAGUGCUGGGAACGUCCGGAGACAAUGUCCGAGAAGAGGCCGCUGACAAAGAUCACCACGAAAUCCCCCGGCAGCGACGUGGCGGCGGAGACGGCAGCCGCCAUGGCCGCGGCCUCGCUAGUGUACAAGCCCAUCAACGGGACGUACUCGUCGUCGCUCCUCGACCACGCCCAGCGGCUGUUCGCCUUCGCCGACAAGUACCGGGGCUCCUACACGCGGACGUUCCCGGAGCUCAGCGCCUACUACAAUUCCACGACGUACCAGGACGAGCUCCUGUGGGCGGCGAGCUGGCUGUACCACGCCACCGGCAACCACAGCUACCUGAGCUACGCCACCGGCAAGAACGGCAAGGAGUACGCCGAUCUGGGAAACCCCAGGUACUUCAGCUGGGACGACAAGCGUGCUGGCACCGAGGUUCUCUUGUCAAGAGUAAGCUUCUUUGCAUCAGAUGGAUCUGACGUUGGACAAGAUGAAGGCCUUGGGUCCUACAAAGACACUGCCGACGCCGUCAUGUGCAUUCUCCUGCCGGAGUCGGACACGGCUGCUUUCAGAACAGAAGGGGGGUUGCUGUAUGUAGCUGAAUGGAACUCCCUCCAGCACCCUGUUGCCUCCGCAUUCCUUGCCGCCGUUUACAGCGACUACAUGUCGACGUCGGGGAAGACGGAGCUGACCUGCAGCGGGAAGAGCUUCACGGCUGCAGACCUUCGCAAAUUCGCCAAGUCCCAGGCUGAUUACGUCCUUGGCGACAAUCCGAUGAAGCUGAGCUACCUCGUCGGCUUUGGCGACAGCUACCCUCAGCGGGUGCACCACCGUGGCGCGUCCAUCCCCGCCGACGUCGACACCGGCUGCGACGGCCAGGAGUGGCUCAAGUCGCCCAAGCCCAACCCCAACGUCGCCACGGGGGCGCUGGUUGGCGGACCGUUCAAGAACGACUCGUUCAUCGACGACAGGGAGAACGUGAGGCAGAACGAGGCGACGACGUACAACAGCGCGCUCAUCGUCGGCUUGCUCUCCGGCCUCGUCUCAUCCUCCUCAGUUGCACAAUCCCUGUCAUGAUUCCAUCGAUCGCUCGAUUUCUUUCUAACUGACCUAUGUAGAUUCCGCUACUAUUCGACUGUUUUUUUUUUGAAA